AUGACGUCGUCGUCGAAUACCACUGAAUCGGAAUCGCUGGAGAGUGGAAAGGACGUCGUCGAGGAGCCAGUGAUUCGGCGCGAAUCAUUUGCAGCGUUGAGAAGAAACAACGUAGCACCGCGCCAGCUGCGCAUCGUCACCCUCAACGCGUGGUGCCUGCCCCAACCAUGGCCAAUCGGUUCGACGGAUCGAGUGCAUCGACUGCAGAAGAUUGGAGAAUACAUGAGGAAUGAGACUUACGACAUCGUUGGACUCCAAGAACUAUGGUCCUACAACGACUUUGUGAGGCUCUCCGAGCAGGUCAAAGAUGCCUAUCCCUAUUUUCAUUACUUCCAUUCUGGCUUCACUGGUUCGGGCGUGUGCGUGUUCUCUCGCCAUCCGAUCGUCUCCACCCUGACGAGUCGUUAUUCCCUCAACGGCUUCGCCCACCACAUCCAUCGUGGUGAUUGGUUCGGUGGAAAAGUGGUCGGAUUGACGGAAGUCGAGAUUGAUGGAGAUCUGAGAGUCAACUUCUAUACUACACACUUGCAUGCGGAGUACGAUCGGGAGAAUGACCUCUAUCUGCCGCAUCGGACUGCGCAGAGCUUCGAACUGGCUCAAUUCGUCCGCCAUACGGCUCGUGGCGCCGACGUCGUCAUAGUGACGGGGGACUUGAACAUGGAACCGUGUGAUUUGGGAUUCCGCCUGAUUCUGUCCCACGCGAAACUGUUUGAUGCGUGGAGAAUGAGUCAUGAGGUGGAGACGACGGACGGUGACGAUGGGGAGCUGCUGAAGUUCCGAGGAAUCGCCAAGGGUGGCACGUGUGACAGGCCAGAUAAUUGCUAUUCGAAGAAGGCGUUGAGGGAGAAGGACGACAGCAAGCGCAUCGACUAUAUGCUCUUCAAAUCGGGCCGUUGCAAUGUGAAGCUGGAAGAGUGUGAGAUCACACUGAACCAGAUACCCGGAGAAGAUCUCAACUACUCGGAUCACGUCGGCCUCCGUGCUCGAUUCACAAUCGAUGAUCGAUUCAGACACGAGAAAUCCAUCAAUACCUGGGAACCGAAUCGUCCAUUGCUCAUCGAGGCGAUCGGAAUCGUUGCUGGAGGCGAACGACGUGCGCGCACCGACAGAAUCUUCUUCCUGGUCCUGGCUGGCAUCUGUUUGAUUCUGAUUCUUGGCUCGUUGUUCUUUGAAGUGUUCCCCAUGGGAUUUGCGAUUCUGAGAUUUGCGUUGACGGUGAUUGGAGUGUUCUUCGUGUGGCAGGGAUUGAUUGGGCUCACGUUGGAGAGGAAGGCGUUGAAGGCGGCGAAACAGGCGAUGCAGCAGAUUUUGAAUAACUAG